CAUAUCAAAAGAGGAAAGGGAGGGACAAAGUACAGACGCUGGUAUAGACCUAAGGAAAACGCCCACGUUCGGGCUCGCUUGUCGACCAGUCGCGCUCUUCAUCUCUCUGCCCCCGCCCAUCUCCUCCUCCCCCUCCGUCGCCCAUGGAGGCAGGAGAAGUCGGCGGCGCCCUCCUGUUCGCCCUCGCCGCCGCCGCGGCCCUCUUCGCCGCCGUCUCCACCGGCGCCGUCGAUUUCAGCCGCCCGCUUGCCGUGGGCGGGCGGCUCGACUUGCAGGAGGCCAUCUCGUGGUUCGUCGGCGUCUUGGAUGGCUCGUCGUCGUCGGGGGCGGGGGGCGUGUCGCUGGCGGAGGUGUACGAGCUGUGGGUGCGGGUGCGGGGCCGGGUGAUCGCGCCCGCGCUGCAGGUGGCCGUCUGGGCGUGCAUGGUGAUGUCGGUGAUGCUGGUGGUGGAGGCCCUGUACAACUGCGUGGUCAGCCUCGGCGUCAAGGCCGUCGGCUGGCGCCCCGAGUGGCGGUUCAGGUGGGAGCCCCUCGCCGGCGGCGACGAGGAGAAGGGGGGCGCCCACUACCCCAUGGUCCUGGUCCAGAUACCCAUGUACAAUGAGCUGGAGGUGUACAAGCUGUCGAUAGGGGCGGCAUGUGAGCUCCAGUGGCCAAAGGACAGGAUAAUCGUCCAAGUGCUGGACGACUCCACUGAUCCGUUCAUCAAGAACUUGGUGGAGCUUGAAUGCGAAAGCUGGGCGGUCAAGGGUGUGAACAUCAAGUAUACCACGAGAACCAGUCGGAAGGGGUUUAAAGCAGGAGCCCUGAAGAAGGGAAUGGAAUGUGACUAUGCCAAGCAGUGCGAAUAUGUUGCCAUAUUUGAUGCGGAUUUCCAGCCUGAAGCGGACUUCCUUCUCAGAACAGUCCCAUUCUUCGUGCACAAUCCACAAGUUGCUCUUGUUCAAGCUCGGUGGUCCUUUGUGAAUGACACGAUGAGCCUGUUGACACGGGUACAAAAGAUGUUCUUUGAUUACCAUUUCAAAGUUGAGCAAGAAGCCGGGUCAGCAACCUUUUCCUUCUUCAGCUUCAAUGGAACCGCUGGAGUGUGGCGUACAGCAGCCAUCAAAGAGGCGGGAGGUUGGAAGGACCGCACUACAGUUGAAGACAUGGACUUGGCAGUUCGAGCAACCUUGAAGGGUUGGAAAUUUAUAUAUGUUGGGGAUAUCAGAGUUAAGAGUGAAUUGCCAUCCACUUACAAGGCCUACUGUCGACAGCAAUUCCGGUGGUCUUGUGGUGGUGCACAUUUAUUCCGAAAGGUAGCAAAAGAUAUUUUGACUGCCAAGGAUGUAUCUCUUGUCAAGAAAUUCCAUAUGCUCUAUAGCUUCUUCUUGGUUCGGAGAGUUGUGGCCCCUACGGUCGCAUGUAUUCUCUACAAUAUCAUAGUUCCGAUAUCAGUCAUGAUACCAGAACUAUACCUACCAGUCUGGGGCAUCGCAUAUAUUCCCACGGUACUUUUAGUGGUCACAGCUAUUAGACAUCCAAAAAAUAUACACAUUCUGCCAUUUUGGAUUUUGUUCGAGAGUGUGAUGACAAUGCAUCGCAUGAGAGCUGCACUGUCUGGUCUAUUCGAAUUAUCGGAGUUUAACGAGUGGGUCGUGACAAAGAAAACAGGGAACAAUUUUGAAAAUAAUGAAGUUCCCUUGUUACAGAAAACAAGGAAAAGAUUAAGAGACAGGGUUAAUUUCCGCGAGAUUUUAUUUUCAGCGUUUCUUUUCUUCUGUGCGUCAUACAACCUUGUAUUCCCUGGCAAGACUAGCUACUAUUUUAAUCUCUAUCUCCAAGGACUAGCAUUUGUAUUUCUCGGGCUAAACUUCACUGGCACUUGCAGUUGCUGUCAAUGACAACAACUAAACUGUACCAAGUGCUGUUAUACAGUUUCUUUAUGAGUGUAAGAGUUUCAAACAUUUCAGAUGAUAGCAUUAGAUGCAUAACUUUGUUUUUUUAACUAACAACAGUUUCCUUGUCUCA